GAAGAAAACGAAAAAGUUAGUAUAACAGUAACUCUCGAGAGUAACAAGUCGUGAGUGGUCCAGUCAUAUAACUACAUUUAUCUCUAUUUAUUUAUAUAAAAAAAAAACAAACAGUGAAUUUGGAUUAAAUUGAUUACCAUCAUUUAAUAAAAAUUGAUAUUUGAUUUUUUAAUUUAAAAAAAUGCCGACUGUUAGGGAGAGCUCACAUGAGAGUAAAAAAUAUAUGACUCAUAGUGGUGCUAUAUCUGGACACUCAACAAACAACCUCGAGAAUAACUUAGAUGCACUUUUGGAAGAUCUCCAAACAAGUGUUUCAAGAAGUGCAACACCAAGUGGAAGACGACCAGUAUCACCCCAUGUUGAUUUUAAAACAGUAACAAAUAAAUCAUUUGCUGAAACAAGAUCUGGUUCACCAAUUCGUACAACAACAACUGAAAAAUAUGUAAGCACAACACCAGCUGGUAUUGGAAGUGGCAUAUCUGGUCUUGAAGCACUUGAUGCUGAAUUACGAAAUAUACAGCCAGGACAGGCUAAAACAGUUGCAUAUAAACAAGUGUCUUAUCAAUUCAACAAAACAAAAGAUGGCCAAAAAAUUGAUUCGUUUGGGUCAACUGACAACUCAUUAUCAAGCACUACAAAAUCUAUUGAUGGUGUUCAUGAGACAGCAUAUGAUGAGACAUACAGACGACCUAGAAGUCCAGAAAGAUCAACAACAUCGAAAACAGUUAACAGAGAACUCGUAUAUGGUGAUACAUCAUCUCGUUUAAUACCAUCAUCAUCAUCAUCAUCUGGAACUAAUACUCGUGAUGUAAAAAUAAUUCGUGAAACAUAUCAGCCAGAAUCAUCAAAAACAAUGUCAUCAUUGUACCAAAAUCAUGAGAGAAUUGAUGAACGUGGUAUUAAUUGUAUUCCUGAACAUUUAACACCAGGUCCAAAUACAAAAGUAACAAAGACAGUAAAAACAUAUACAUAUGAAUUACCAGGAACACCAGAUGUUUAUCGUCGUCACAAUAACACUGAACAAAGUGUUACAUAUAAAAUUGACAAAAAUAUCGAACGAUCGAAAAGUCCAAUGACAUAUACAUCUCAACAGCCAGAUGUUAAAUCAACAAUAUUACACAAAGAAGCAAAAUAUUAUCAUGAAGAUAUGCAUGAUUCAUCAACAUAUGGAAAACCAAAAUUAUUAACGACAUAUCCAUCAGCAUCAUCACCAACAAAUUAUGAAACAAUUAAAACUAAAAAAGAAAAUUAUUAUAUACGUGAUGAAAGAUAUGAAAAUGGUUAUAUACCAGUUGAUAGAGUUGAUUAUCCACAUACUGAAACAACAACAACAACUGUUAUUGAUAGAGUUGAAGAAUUUAUACCUGAUAAAUCAUCAACACCAAAUGGUGGUCAUAGUUAUUAUACAACAACAGUUGCAACACCACAAACUCGUACAACAUCACAAGGUUUAAAUUCAAGUGUUUAUAAAUAUUCAAAAGAAACACAUAGUGAUCGUGAAAUAUUACUACCAAAACCAUUUCCAACUGGUACACAAAUGUAUCCAGUUAAUCGAAAUAAUAAUAAUGAUCAAAGUUCACCAAAAAGAAUUGAUGAUCUUAUGGCUUCUUUUUCUGAUUCUGAGCGAGAAGUAUUGGUUGACGUGAGAAGAGAGGAAAAAAUGCAACAAAAUGAAAGACACAAAGAUAAUGGAUAUGGUAAAAAAGAAGUAGAUUUUGUACCACAUACACCAGCACAAGUAAAUAGUAAAAAUAUAUCUGGACCACCAGUUUAUUAUCCACCUGGAUCUGGUGAAUUUAAAAUGAAAGAAGAAAGAUCUAUGAUUCAAGGAGGUGGUGAAUGGGCCAAGGCACGAGGUGCUUAUGAAUACGAGGCAUCAAGUAAAAGUAAAAAAAGUGAAAAAAGUGGUAAAGCUGUUGUUCCAGUUUGUUUACCACUGUGUUGUGCUCUUCCUUGCGUUAUUAUGUAAUUUUUUUAAAUUUAUUAUUUGAAUUAAUUAAUUGUGUUUUUUUUUUUUUUUAAACCUUUUUUUUUUUUGACUGACAUUUAAUAUAUUCACUAUACUGCUAAUAUUGUAAAAAAAAAAAAUAUUUGAUUGAUGAAAAAAAAAAGAAAAGCUUAAUUCAAUAAUAAUGAUUAAUUGUUAGAAAAAAAAAUUUGUAUUAAUAAUAUAAUAAUUGUCUUUUGUGUUUUACAUUUUUUAAUAAUCUAAAUGUCGAGAAAAAAAAUAUAUAUUUUCUGUAUAAGAUAUUAUAUUGCGUGUUUUUGCUUGUAUUACAAUUAUUUAAAUAUGAAAUACUGUCAAACACAACUCUGAAAAAAAUAUGAUAAGAUAAUGAUAACGUAAGAGAUUUUAUAAUCGUUAAAAUUAACAUGUUUUAUAUUUUAAUUUAUUUUUUAUUCCACGAUGAUAACGAAUUAAAAUGGUAAGUAGUCUUGAAUUAAACAAAUAACAAAUAGAUCUUGAUGGAACAAUUUUAAUAGCUUAAAUUUAAAAUUAAAAACAGAUUAUAAAUUUUUUUUAAAUCUUCAUUAUACAGAAUAUUAUUGUAGAAUUCAAUUAUUGUAGAAUUCAAUAAGAAGCAAUUAUGAAUU